AUAGAAACAGAUAAGGGCGCUCUGGUUACCAUCUUCCUCAUCCUCCUUACAGUUUCCGGUGUUCCCAUGCCUCGUACCAAGUGACUGAAGUGGAACCCUAUUUUCUCUCUCCCUCAUGGCUUCCCAACUUCUUCUUCAGCAGGCUCUGUUUGCCCCAAAGCUGACUUUCCCUUCUUCUCUCGUGUCUUCGCGUAAUGUGCCGUUCAUUUCUAGGGUUCCGUCGGCCCCAAUUUCAUGGCGUUGCAGUCCUCUUAUUGCUAAGCCUAGUUUUGUUGUGAGAGCCGAGUCCAACCUCGAAGGCAGUGAUGAAGCCACCGAAGAUUCUGCUUCGGAUAAUGUCGAUGAAGUUCCCGAAGCUGAAGCAGAACAAGCUUCGGAUUCCGAACCACCGAAAUCGCCUAGAAAACCCCGUGUCAAGCUUGGAGACAUUAUGGGGAUAUUGAAUCAGAGGGCAAUUGAGGCAUCGGAAAAGGAGAGACCCACUCCAGACAUUAGGACUGGGGAUAUUGUGGAAAUCAAAUUGGAGGUUCCUGAGAACAAGCGUAGGUUGUCCAUUUAUAAAGGUAUUGUCAUCUCAAAACAAAAUGCGGGUAUUCACACGACUAUUCGAAUCCGAAGGAUUAUUGCUGGCACAGGGGUUGAAAUAGUGUUCCCAGUUUACUCACCAAAUAUCAAAGAAAUCAAAGUGGUAAACCACCGUAAGGUCAGGAGAGCAAGAUUGUACUAUCUAAGAGACAAGCUUCCCAGAUUCUCCACUUUCAAAUGAUACGGUUACCCAUUUUUCCUCACUUUCAUCUUCUAAGUAGUCUGCUGAUCCGGGAUAAGUGAUUGCAGGGCUUUGAUUUUAUUAUUUCGAUUUGUUGUGUUGUAGAAUAGAUCAAUUUUCUUUCCCUUAAUCUAUCCUCCCAGAAACGGAAACAAGUGUACUUAACCUUGAUAGUAUUGAGAAAUUUGAAGUGUUUCUUCUGCAUCUUUAUUAUACCGUAGAGAGCCAAGCUCAGAAGAAAAUAUUUCUAAGUAUGAUUAUAAUCUGCGUCACAUGAUUUAAUAAUCAUGUUCU